AAUCAUAUGCAUGAACAAGCCCAUGAGUGAUGAUUGGUCAAGCCCAACGUUAACCCCUUUCAGUCUCUUCGCCUUCCGUAAAUCCCCAAGGAGGGAAAAUUCCCAAUUUUGAAAUCAAUCACAGAAAAGUCCAAAACGUCUUUGACGAAACGUUCUCUGUAACCAACCUCGAUCCCAUGGAUGAAUCCGAUUCGGAUCCUGGAUCCUACCCAAUCCCGCCCGCUUCGGUUCAUCUCGCAUCCUUCUCAUCUCUCACUCCGCCUCCUCCUGCUCGUCUCCUCCUCUCACGCCACGUCACUCGUCGUACGCGCCCACUCCAAUCGUCUCCGCCCCUAGCUUACCUAUCUCUUCAGGGUUUGCUCGAUGAAGCCAGCUCGGCGCGAUCCAUCGGCGGCGGUGGACUGAGCCGAGAGGAAGCUCUCGCGUGGGAGCUCUUUACACCGUACCAGAGGUUCCUGAUUGUGGCGGUUAUCGGCGUGGCGAAGAAGAGCGGUGUGAUUGCUCAGCUCCAGAACUCGGUUGAUCUAAGGGACCAGCUUCUUUCAGGCAUGCAACAGAAGCUUGAUGCUUUGUGUAAACAGCUAAAUCAUACCAAGGAUCAGUCUGGGAAUGGAUCCAAGGUGGUAGAUCUUGAUGAUGAUUUACAGUCAGCUUUCAGAGAGAAGUUUGGAUCUGAGAAUGUUAAAAAAAUUGUAGAGUGUGGUUGCUGGCUAUGUGAUCAACAUCAUCACUCCUCACCUUCUCUUCAGGAUAAAGCUCCCACAGGUAUGGUGAUUGACGCUGAGCCAGAGGAGAGGCGUAUGUCUUACUUGUCAGAUUGGUGUUCUAGUGACACUACUGCUGCAGAAAUGCAUUUUGAUAAUCUUUCACUCGACCAAGACAUGCUUUCUCUCAGAAAGGAGUGUCAAGAGAAAGAUGAAACGAUAAAGGACCUAACUUCAUUUCUUCAGUUAACCAACAAAGCUGGUUCAAAACGAGAAACAGAGCUUGAAGAGAUUAUUCGCAGGAAGAAGACAAUUAUCAAGAAGCUCAAGAGGGACGUACUAGUGUUAGAAGAAAAGGUUUCACAGCUCACUAGGCCACGGAGGUGGUCUUGUUCAGCUGCAAUCCCGAGCACCCGUGAAUUCCCAAUGAGACUGGACAAUCUUCUUUAUGAUAUGGAUGUUUCCACAGCUUCUUCAGCCUCUGAUUCAGAAACUCCUGCAAACACACCUCGAAGAACUGUGUUGGAGGAUGUUCCAGUUGAUUCCAUCAAGGAAAAGCCCUCAGCUUUGGGACAAUCCCAAAAGUCAGCGCCAGAUAAAUCAUUGGUCUCACUUGUGAAAGCUGUGGAGCCGCCUUCAGUAGUUAGUCCAUCGCCUAUUCAGAAGCCUGUUUCAGUUUCUUAUUCUUCUCCAAGUGUGAGACGGGCUUCUUCUUCUAGUGGUGAUUCAAAGAAACAUAGAAGGCCAGUUCAGGUUGUCCCAAGAGCUUCCUUUGGUUCAAGUAAGAGAUGGGUUUAGUAAAUUUGGUAGUAUCAUUUGCCAUUUCCGAGAGAGAAAAGAACAUGUUAUGUAUGUAGCUAAAUGUAUGAUAUAUUCCAUAAUUAUUUAUUUUCAGGAUGAUGACUUCAUUAUCA